CUGCAGGCAGAGGGUAAGAAAGGAAAGGGGUAAACAACAAUAACAGGUGGGAAAGCGGCUUAGAGAGGGAGAGAGAACAGAAGUAGGAGGCAGCUCAGCCCUCCCUUGCCUUCAUUGUCAUCGACUGGAGGGAGGUGCUCAGCUGGGAACGGGGAGAAAGACACCAGCACUGAGGGAGAGGACACACACACACACAAUGUGAGAGACAUGGGAGUGUGAUCAGAGCUGGAAUGGGUUGGUCUGUACUGUAGGUUGCUCUGCAGACCUGUUUCUGGAGGGAAGCAGAGGGGCUGGACACAGGAGACGGACACAGGAAUUCCAAGUCACAAGGGCUCCUGUGGCAGAGCACAGCCUCGGCUGGGCUGGUAUUCCAACCUCUCCCUCUCACGGUCAUGAGUGUGACGGACGUAGAGUAGAACCACGGAGGAACAGAUAUUAAGAAACAGAAAGUCGUGGGGUGUAUUCUAGGGAAACUAAGAGACUUUACCUCAAGGGUCUGGACCGACCCCUCAUGAUGGGAUCCUCUGUGGAGUUUGCCUGCUUGCUGCUGGUGGUAUCCACUCUGGGAAAGAACCACUUGGCAUCUGCGGGUUGUUCAGGGAAAUGCUGCCAGGGCAGAGACUUGAGCUGUCUGACCACCGACUGGAGGAUGGACCGUGUGUUCGGGACAUGCUUCUGCGACGAGGGCUGCGUCAGGACCAAGGACUGCUGCUUUGACUAUUUCAAAGAGUGCCCAGCUCAGGACUGCGCUGUGAGCGACUGGAGCUUUUGGAGCGGCUGUGCCAAGCCCUGUCAGCCUUCAGUGCGAGUCCGUGUCCGUCACGUAGAGCAGCAGCCCAGUCACAGCGGAGAGCCCUGCCCCAGCUUGGAGCAACGGAGCGGCUGCAGGGAGUACAGAGACCACCAGGGCCGACACUGUGGACUCAACUCAGGUCCUGCCUUCAUCACCAGCAUGGAGUUUGGCAAGGGAAGGCCCAAACAUGACAACUAUGGAAACCCCCUGCAGCCUGGGUUCUGUGUGGAAUUCACACUGGAGUCCCGGACGCCCCACUGUACAGUGCAGAACCGGCCACACACACACUGGAUGCGUUACAUUACAGAGGGCUUUAAAGUGUGUGUGGCGUGUGAACCUCCCGCCAUGCGAAACAACAGUGGCAGCUGCCAAGGAGACGGUCAGGAAUCAGACAAAGAAACUCUGCUCCACUGGCAGGCGGUGGGGAACCAUCAGUGCAGCGGGACGUGGAAGAAGAUCCAGAAAACCCAGCAGUGCGACUGUCCGCCACAACACAGCUUCAUCUUCAUCUGAUCCAAACAAAGCACCCACAGAACAUUCUGUGUCCACAAUAACAUUUCAAAGCUGCCCUCAUCGGUCAGACUGAAAUACUGUGCUCGGACCAGAUGCCUCAACACCGCAGGCUUUCAACACAAAGCAGAGACUUGACGGUGGUGCAGUGCAAUUCCGUC